AUGGCCGCUCUCAAGUCCAAUGCCCCCGCAAUGGCCGGCGUCAGGGAAUUCGAUCCAGAGAUCAAGGACAUGGCCAGCUACAUCCACAAUUACAGAGUCGACUCGGACCUUGCUUAUGAAACCGCACGCUACGUUUUCCUCGAUACCAUCGGCUGCGGCCUUGAAGCUCUUCGGUUCAAAGAAUGCACCAAGCUCCUCGGACCUAUCGUUGAAGGUACCAUCGUCCCACAUGGCACUCGAGUGCCCGGUACCCCCUACGUCCUCGAUCCUGUCAAUGGCGCCUUCAACAUUGGAGCGAUGAUCCGAUGGCUCGACUACAAUGACUGUUGGUUAGCAGCUGAAUGGGGCCACCCUUCAGACAAUCUGGGAGGGAUAUUGGCGGUGGCUGACUGGAUAUCGAGAACGAAUCGUGCUGGAGGGCAUGUUGGGAACGGGACCAUUGUCAAGAUCAAGGAUGUCCUGGAAGCUAUGAUCAAGGCGCAUGAGAUACAAGGAUGCUUGGCGCUGGAGAAUUCCUACAACAAGGUUGGGUUGGAUCAUGUUGUGCUGGUCAAGGUCGCCACCGCGGCCGUAGUCUCGAAGAUGCUGGGUCUACCGGAAAGAAAGACCGCGGAUGCCAUAUCACAGGCUUGGGUUGAUGGGCAGAGCCUGCGGACAUACCGACACUCGCCGAACACGAUGUCGAGAAAGUCCUGGGCGGCGGGCGAUGCCUGUCAAAGAGCCGUCAACUUGGUACUGAAAGUGCAAAAAGGCGAGCAUGGUGUUCCUACAGUCCUCUCGGCCCCAGUAUGGGGGUUCUACGACGUAGCCUUCAAAGGCAAGAAGUUCGAAUUCCAGCGGCCGUAUGGGAGCUACGUGAUGGAGAACAUCUUAUUCAAAGUCUCAUACCCAGCCGAAUUCCACUCCCAAACCGCCAUCGAAGCCGCCAAAAAGAUCAACGCCCAGCUCUCGGAACAAGGAAAGUCCGCGGAAGACAUCAAGUCCAUCACCUGCCGCACCCACGAAGCUUGCAUCCGCAUCAUUGACAAACAACACAAACCCAUGGACAACUUCGCCGACAGAGACCACUGCAUACAGUACAUGGUAGCGACCAUGCUCGUCUUCAACCGUCUGCACGCGACAGACUAUACCGAUGGCUCGGAAGCUGCCACCAGCCCGCUCGUCGAGGAGUUGAGGAGGAACAUCUCUUGCGUCGAAGACCCCGAGUUCACCAGAGCCUACCACGAUCCCAACAUGCGGACGAUACCCAACGCCCUCACCGUCACGCUCGAGGAUGGCACCGUGCUCGAAGAGACGGUCGUGGAGGCACCAUUGGGGCACAAGCUGAGGCGGGAGGAGGCGAAGCCGGAAAUCCUGGAGAAAUUCGAGAGGCACCUCGGGCCACAUUUUGAGUCGGAGAAAGUGCAAGAGCUGGUCGAGCUGGGGAAGAAUAAGGAAAGGCUGGAGAACAUGGGCGUCGAUGAGUACAUGGACAAGUACGUGAAGGAGAAAAUGGAGUGGUAG